AUGGACGAAACCACUAAUACUUGGGAUCACUCAAUUUUGACAGAUAUUUUCCUCCCUGAGGAUGUGGGUCAUAUUAGCAGCAUCCCAAUCUCCCCGGGCUAUCAGGAUUCUUGGUAUUGGUAUGGUGACCCAAGAGGUUGCUAUACGGUAAAAAGUGGCUACAGGGCAUUAGUAGGGGAACAAGAACACAUUCUUACUCAUUUUGAUAUGUGGAUUCCCCUUUGGAAGCUUAAGGUGCCUCCAAAGUGGAAGACUUUCUUGUGGAGAGCUAUUAAUGAUAUCCUCCCUGUAACCACAAAUUUACUUAUAAAGAGGGUUGAGGUGGAUCCUUCAUGCCCCAAAUGUGGUGGAGCACAUGAAGAUGUUAUGCAUGCUCUUGUUUUAUGUGACUUUUCUCAAUUAGUUUGGAAUGACUCUACUUUGCCUUUAUCAUCCGUUAUGGGUGACAUCUUUGAUAUGUGGUUUACAAAUGUGAUGAUUGCUUUGCCUGAGGACAAAUUGGAUCUUGUUGUGGCAGUUUUAUAUUCCAUUUGGAGGGCAAGAAAUACGGCGGUUUGGGACUGUUAUUUGCCGACCCCGAAGAAGGUGCUACGACAAGCCGGUUCGUCCCUGCGGACUUGGAGAGCAGUCCACGGCAGUCGGCAGGCAACUGUUCCUCAGCCACUGCCUGUGACCCAGCCAACGGGGAUGGAGGACCAUCCUCAGCAGCGGAGAUGUUUUGUUGAUGCAGGUUAUCAGUCCAGUACCAGGGUAGUGUCAUUCGGCGUUGUGUUGUUUGCACCCAGUGGGGAGUUUCUCGCAGCUUGUGCAGGACCUCUCCAAGGUUGCAGCUCUCCAUUGAUGGCAGAAACAGCAGCUUGCAGCGAAGCUUUAGCAUGGUUACGUCGCAAGGGGGUGUCACACGUUCAGCUAUUCACGGAUUGCUCCCAAUUACGUUCAGGCCUCUCAUCGCCGUAG